AUGUCAUCUCAGUCAUCGCUUUCAGAUUCUGAAGAAGAAGAAUUGUUAUUGCUGGUGUCAGUACUAAAGAGAAAGCGUAGAAUCUGGGUGCAUGAAAUGAAUCAGAAACGACGGAAACUUGGAGAAAAUAAACUGUGCUUAGAACUUCAAUCACAUGAAGAUCGUUUCUAUACCUAUUUCAGAAUGAAGCCAGAAACUUUUGAAUAUUUACACAAUCUUCUUGAACCUCAUAUUAAAAAGAAAAAUACAAACUACAGAGAGGCUAUUCCAACAAAAGAAAGACUGGCACUUUGUUUAAUGUAA